AAUGUCCGAUAUGCAAGUCGGAGAUAUGGAAACGGUCUGCUCGGGCCCGUGACACCCGAAUCGAGUUACGAUUCUACCUCUUGAGAGGUUGUUUUAAAGCAGUAAACUAGCACUGUGCGACCGUCAAUACUAUAAAAAUCUCGCAACACUUGCGAUAACACGUGAAAUAUAAGAUAAGUUGUGGAAAUGUAGUGUGUGUGUUUCAAUACGUGAGCGUUGCAAGUGAUGUACUGGGCCACUGACGUCGUCAGCUCUCCUCUCGUCCCUCCGUCCCUAGUGCCAAAUGUUUUGCAAUGUGAAAGUAUGGAAUUGUGCCACGCGUGAAUUUUCUUGCAAAUUCUCGUCGAAUUGGAUGGCCUAGGCCCUGAUAGAUGUUAAAUGAGGAAUGAGAUUGUUUUAUCGUCAGUUAUGGCCUUACGCGGAUAUAGGUACGGAUGGUGGCAGUGUGAGCGGAGUUCUUGGGUGCUAAUUAUUCCAUGCAAUAUUUCAACAAGAUCGGAUGCUAUGUUUCUGGUUAGUCAUAUUAGAUGGUGCAAUCGCAGGUCGUCAACAUGCAGGCAGUUAAUGAAAUUAUAUCCAUUUUGGAGAAAUUCAAUAUCACAAAAGAGCUGUUGGAGACCACCCGACUGGGCAAACACGUGAACGAGCUGCGCCGCAAGACAGCAGACCCGACGCUCGCCAGACGUGCCAAAGUUCUGGUCAAGAGAUGGCGGGAUCUCGUCAUACCCAAUGUUGCGUCGCCUGCGCAUACCGGAUCAAACCGUUCGUCGGCGGAGCGGCAGACGAGGCGCCCGGGGGGCACGCCGCUCACCUCGCCAGCGCUUAUGCGGCAUGGUUUGAGUCCAGCAGUGCCUAGCCCGAGACCUCCGUCAAGGCCAGCAUGGGGUGGCUACGAGUCGGACUCGCAGGAUGUGAUCCUGGUGGACGACGACCCUCCCCCCCCGCCGCUGCCGCCUCCCCCCGCGCCCCCCGCGCCCCUCGCAGCGCACAAGCCCAACACACCGCCGGUGAAACGACCGCCUUCGCCGGAGCCAUUGAGCGACGACAAGAAGGCGAAAAGGGAUAAGAAACCUAAAAAACGAAGGGGCCACAGCCGAGCCGGGCUGGGCACGGAGACGACAGCGGGCCCACCGCCAGCCCCACCCCCACUCGCCGCGCCCACGCCCACGCCCACGCCCACAGCGCACGCGUGGCCGGCGCGCAACGGUGCGGCCACGGAGCGGCGCAAGAACGGCUGGCGCCGGGACGCGCACGACCCGUACGCGGCGCUCGUGAACAGGCUGCCGCCCGCUGGGGGCAAGAAGGUGAAAACAACAAAAGAGUUACUGGAGCAGAUCCAGUCGCGCGGAAAGGCGAGUCCUUCGCGUUCCGCUUCGCCCGGCUCGCCCGCUUCGCCUGACGUCAUGCUCAUAGAGCCGGACGAUUGCGCCAUAAAAGUAGACUCACCCCUACGGAACGGGAGCAGCGAGCCGGUGCCCGAACCUGCGCCUGUCCCCGUCUGGCCUUUAGUGCCGCUAGAAGACGAGAAAGAAUGGGCACCCUGUAUCUGUGACCCGGAGCUAGAGCCAGACGAAAGCUGUCCAGCCAACUCCCGGACUAUAGUGCACCCAGCACACGUGGUAGCGUUACAUAAUACGUACGUGCCUGGUGUCAACGGUACUCGGGCCCCUCUACACCCGCACAAGUUCGCAGUCCGCCCAGCCAUCAGUAAAGACGAUCCCAGUCUGUUUGCCAACGUGGUUCCACUAUACAAGUACUCGGACUACGCAGAUGACUACUGCGCUAAGAACUUAGCGCGUGUGCCGCUCUGUGUGCACCUCCCCGCGGACGAGUUCGCCCCCGCGCCCCCCUCGCCGCCCCCGCCACCGCCCCCGCCCUCGCCCAGACCAUACCCCAUAGAUGAAACGCCCCCAGAAACUAAAGAGUGCAAAGAAGAAUCCGGCGACGAAGACACAUCCGACUCGAAGGAUAUGGUCCCAGCGGGCGAGGCGAAAGAAAUAAAAGAUUCAAAAGAAACAAGUGAACUCAAAGAAGAACCUAGCGAUUUGAAAACAGAAUUAGAUAUAAAAGCGGACAGCGAUUGUAAAGUCGAACCGAUGGAAGUGGACGUCGAUAUCAAGAGUGAGGAUGUCAACGAGAGACUGAAACCGCCCCUCUCCCCGCAAGAGAGCGAGCAGAGGAUAGAGGAGACUAAGGAAACGAAAGAGGAGCCGGAACAGAAGUUCUCGGUGACGUCACCCGAACACAGGACGGUCGAGCGGACGAAAGAUGACAUAGACGGACGGACAUUGUACGAAAAGUGUGUGUCGUGUAUAAACUCUGUGCCCUACAGUUACGAGCAGGCCGCGACCGCCCCGGUGCUGACGUUCCCCACCGAGGACGUGCGGGCGACUGUCAGCCAGGCGCUGGACGGGGUCGACACGGAGCGGGACCCGCUCGGGCGCCCCGUGAAGCCCGCGCACUUCGCCGAGUGGCACGAGUGCGCGCUGCUCGGGGACCUCGUGGCCCUCCCCUACGUCGUCAUCGACUGACCUCGACCAAAGCCUCCGUCGGUUCGGUGUUCCAAGUGUCCUUACGUUAGAUUAAGUGCAAGUGUAAAUAGUGAAAGUGCGACUCGAAUACGUGCGCGAGUGCGGGGACCGGAGUGCGGGCGCUGAUGACGAGUUGUAGUGAUGUUGGCUUUUACAUUACACGAAGAUGCUCCAACGGGAGUAUAUCACUAUUAUCAUACAUUGUAUACAUCUAGUGCCCUAGAUAAAUAUUUAAUAUCAAAGCUUUAUUUUAUCAAAAUCGGCUAAAUCAAUUAGACAAAAAGCAUUUAUAAGAACUCUUCCUAGAUGUAAACUGACGAGUUUUCUAAUGUUAAAUAUUUUAGGUAUACAUAUUAUAUAAAAACUUUUAACGGCGUAAAGUCGUAUUCCAAAGAGCUUCGAGUGUGUUCGUGUAGUGUAAAUGUUAGGAGAUUAGUGUCACAAUGUGAUAUCGGGCCGGCCCGAGACUCAGACAAAAUCUCUAGACUGUUUCAAAUUACGUUAACUUGUUACCCAUUGUGAUCUAUAAAAAAUUAGAUAAUUAAUAAUAAUAGGAGUUCCAAUUGUAUAUUAUACAUAUAUAUUGCUCUAGCAGUCAGAAUGUAUGAA